CCAGCCCGUAAGGGGGCGGAAGCGCGCAUGUGUAGCAAAAAGGGGGCGAGAAACCACUCUCAGCCCCACCAAUAAGAGAGGAAGCGAAAGUUUGAAGUACGCAUGCGUAGCAGUUGGAGCUGGUUUCAGCUUGGGGCUGCUGCUUUGAAGUUUGAAGUGCAACUUUGGAGCUUCCGUUCGUGGGAGGAAGGGUAUUUUCCAGGGAGAGGAGGAGUGAUACCUUGCUGUGGUGUGAGGAAUCAUAGUGAUGCAUCAGCCCCUUCUUUCAAGCAAUGGUACAGAUUGUCAGAAUCAAUAGCUCCAUGUCUUGCAUGGUGGAAGAAGCUUCCAUCCCCUGCUGUGCUCCAUUGAUUGCCUCUAAUUCUCCACUACCUUAAGUGAACAGUGCCUGCAAACCAUGACAUUAAUGAUCAUGUCUGUUGUAGAAACCCAGAACUCCCUGCCAUAACAGGUGGGAUUAGGACCCACCUACAGCGUGUGCAAAAGUACCAUGAAAAGAACCCCACCGUUACUUUUGUUAGCCAUCCCUCAUUGAUACUCUGCCUCUCAUUUUGUUGAGUGGAGUGGAGAUGGUCCGCUUCUGUUGUCCUGCUGAAACUUCAUGGAUGCAAUCCAAACAAAUUAAGCCCUUUGAAAGCUCAUUAUCUGAAUAGACAAGGCAAGUGUAUAUUUAAAUUUCUUCCACGAAAAUCUGUGGAGCUCCAAACUGCUUGCUUUUGGCUAGAUUGUGUGCCAUGGGUAUUGGUGGUAACCAUUUAUUAUUUUAUAAAGCAUCUGAAAUUUUCUACCUGCUGUAUGCAAAUGUAGAAAACAGCAUAGUUCCUACUUCACUGUAGAAGGACAAAGACAUUGGAAAGGAGCAGGUAUAAAAACAAAUUCAGAUUCUACAGUAAUUUCCUUAUCCCCUUCCCUUCCAGUAAUGCGCUUUUUUAUUUUUCUGUUACAAGUGUUGAUAGUUUUGUGAAAUCAUGUUUAUUCUAUGAUGUGGGGAUAACUUUAAUUGAGCCUUUGUGCAAGCAAAUUGUGGCUCUGUGUUUGUUUUACAUACUAUUUUCUUGGAAGAAAGGAAGGGUACUUGACAAACCAGUAAAUAAAAAUGUUGGCCUACAACUCCCAGCAGCUCUACCUGGCAUAGCCAGUGCUGAGAAAUGAUGGGAACUGCAGGCCAAAACACAGGUUUUCCGUUCCUACUGUACAUUAAAUUCUCUCCACCUGAGGGUGGGCAUGUCUUGCUUCCAUCUGGGCUUUUCUGUGGCUUAGUUCCCUGUUGCUUUAAGUAGGAGGAGUCUGCCAGCAACACCUGGUGCAUGUUUCCUGUUUAUAAGCUCCUUAUCUUGUAAGACCAAACAUCAGGAUGGGGAGUUUGCCAUGUCUGAAUCCUCACUGUGAGAUGAUUUCGGAAUGGUUUGAUAUAAGGAAGCCUAAAGCAAAGCACAUCAGAGGGAAACCUCCAGUGUUGUGUAUGUGAGCUGAUGGGAUCUGAAUUGAUGAAAGUAACUGGCCAAGAAAGAGCUGUUGAGGUUAUGAUGGGCAGCUGGAUGAAACUGUUGACUCAGCAUUUGAAAGCUGCAAAAAGGGCAAAUUGCAUGUUCUGUGUACUUAAAUGUAAGUAGAGAAGGAAAUUAAAGUUGCCAAGUUCUUACUCCUUUUAUUCAAAUCUAUGACGCAAACACACAGAGUACAGGGUACAUGCCUGUGAAAGGACAUAGUAGUGUUAGAAAAAGGGCAUCUCGAAGGAUCAGUGCUCCUGUGAGGAGAGAUUAUAAUGUCUGCGAUUGCUUAAUUUAGAAAAAAGGGUGUGCUAAGGGGAACUUGUGUAUGAUCGUGCACAAUGAUGAGAAAGUGGAUAGGGAGACCAAUUUUUUUCCUUUCUCUCCAUCCGAAAACCCAAAGGGUUCAUCCCAUGAAGUUGAUUGGUGGCAGAUUCAGGACAGAUAAAAGGAAGGAUUUUUUUUCCCCCUCACAGCACAUAAUUAAACUAUGGAAUUCACUCUCAUAAUAUGCUGUACCGGCCAGCAGUUUGUAUGCAUUUAGAAAGGGAUUGUGUUGUGAGCGAGGUGUUUCUUCCCCAGCAAGACACUCUCCAGCACUUCCUGUAAGCAUCUUUAUUCUACAUAGAAGUCUAAGCAUACGCAAGUCUCAGCAUACACAAAGUGAGAUGUUGAACUCUCUCUGUCCCCCUUUACCCAAAGCUUUGCUGUGGAACCAGGCACCUGCGUUCCACCUUCUGAGUCCCUAGUUAGACCGGCCUGUGGCUGUACCAAUGGUCCUUUGGGUCCACAUCCUCAGGAGACUGGCAUUCUCCAUCUGAGAGACUACCCAUUUCCAAAUCUCCUUCCUCAGGAUGUUUUUGCUUCUUCAUUUCCACAGGCAGGGGGACUGGGCCCCAUGGCUGUCCUUGAACUACUUACAUCCAGAGCAGGCUCUGACUGGAACUGAGAAACUGGGACUGCAGGUGCAGGGCUUGUCUCAGUCGGAGAAUGAGCAAUCAAAAGAAGGCGGUGUAUGCAGAGCAAACUACAGGUCUUGACCAGUUUGGCCCUGAUAUCAUUGCUGAAGCCAAGAGGCUGUUUGAGAAGAAAUUCAAGUACUCCAAACCACCACACAAUGAAUGGCAGCUGCCAGACUCCAACCUGGUUUUCACUUGCAACCAUGAAGAGUUCAGCUCCCUUGUCGCCCUGAAGGAUUCCAUGAAUGAAGUCAAGAACAGGCUGAGUGAUAAGAAAUUGGAUGAAUGGCAUCAGCACACAUCCUUCACCAACAAAGCGGGGAAAAUCAUUGCUCAUAUCAAGAAAUCUGUCAACGCAGAGUUGUGUACCCAGGCUUGGUGCAAAUUCCACGAGGUCCUGUGCACCUUUCCGCUGCUCUCCAGUGACGCGCUUCAGAAUGGAGAACUCAACUCGGUUCAUCUCUGCGAAGCGCCUGGCGCUUUUAUAGCCAGCCUUAACCACUAUCUCAAGUCCCACCGCAUCCCUUGUGAUUGGAAUUGGGUAGCCAAUACCCUGAACCCCUAUCACGAAGCCAGCGACACGCUGAUGAUGAUUGCGGAUGACAGGCUCAUUGCAAACACUUUGCCCUGGUGGUAUUUUGGUCCCGACAACACUGGGGAUGUCAUGUCCCUGAAACAUCUCACGGGGCUGCAGCACUUCAUCAGCAACAUGGCCACCAUUCACCUGGUCACUGCUGAUGGAAGCUUUGAUUGCCAGGGCAAUCCAGGAGAACAGGAAUCGCUUGUUUCCCCUUUACAUUAUUGUGAAACCGUCACUGCUUUAAUGACGCUUAGCUCUGGUGGCUCUUUUGUUCUGAAGAUGUUUACUCUGUUUGAACAUUGUUCUGUGAACUUGUUGUUUCUGCUGAACUGUGCUUUUGAGGAGGUGCAUGUUUUCAAGCCGGCAACUAGUAAAGCAGGCAACUCGGAGGUUUAUGUAGUUUGCCUUCGGUAUCUGGGCAAGGAAUCAAUUCACUCACUCUUGUCCAAGAUGAUGCAGAACUUUGGGACAGAAAUGGUCAAGAAAGCCCUUUUUCCCCAGCAUGCAAUUCCAGAAUCUUUCCUUAAAGUCCAUGAAGAAUGCUGCUUGUUCUUUCACGGGCAUCAGAUAGAGACAAUUUCAGAGAACCUCCAGCUCUUUGAGCACAUGGAUGAGAGGGACCAGACCAGACUAAAUGCUCUCCGGGAUUGUGCUGUAGAGUUGUUUUUGCAAAGGUUCCAGAUGAAACCUAUUUCCAGGACCAGCUGGCUGGUGAAGAAGCCCCAUGCUGGCUGCAGCAUGAACUCCAAAUGGUGUGGACAGAAGAACAAAUAUUUUUGCACCUACAAUGAAAGGAAGAUGCUGGAGUCCCUCUCUUGGGAAAAUAAAGUGACCCAGGGCUGUCUUAACCAGUGGCUGGAAGAACACUCUCUUGGUAAUGCUGGGAAAAGAUGUGUUUUAGAAGGGACAUUUAAUAACCUGGACUGUCACCUGUGGUACAUCUUGGAGGGACGCAGGUUGCCAGGAGUUAAAUGUUCUCCCUUUUGUGAUGGUGAGGCCCUGAAGAGCCUCAAUGAGGCCCUUGAGAAUUCGUUCAUUGGUCGAGCGAGUGUUGGUGCCCUCAUGAGACUGAAGCAGCAAGAGUGCCCAUCUUGCUAUGUUCUUACAGGAUCAUUGGUACUGUCUGAGUUAUUGGCCCUCAUACAGUGCCAUAAACAGGCUUCAAGUGAAGGUUGUAGUGGUCAGAGACAAUGUCUGGUGGUUGGCCUACCAUCUCUCUGUGAUGCUGAAAGCAGUCCUGGCUUGAAAGUUAAACUCCUGGAGUCAGUCUUUCUCUCAGAUUUCUCCUGCUCUUUACUUCAUGAUGGAGAGCCGAAAUAUCAGCUGCAGUUUCUGGAAUGUCUCUUGUGUGUGUUUCCGCAGCUCCAGAAGGGAGAUGCUUUGGUCCUGCCCGUUCUCUCCUGUUUUACGCGCAUCAUGGCUGGCUUAGUCUUCAUACUGCACAGCUGUUUCCAGUGCAUCUCUUUCACUUGCCCCACUGCAUCUCAGCCCCUUGAAACCAGUGCUGUUUUGUUGUGUGUUGGCUACCAAGGUCUUCCUGACCCAGUUAUCCAAUAUCUGCAGCAGCUAAGCAAGCUCAUGAGGACGCUGCUUGGCUCGGAUUCACCACAACAGGUCUUGCAGUUUGUGCCCAUGGAACACCUGCUAAAGGGGUUGUUGCUGGACUUUCUUUGGGACCUAAAUACUGCCAUUGCAAAAAGACAAUUGCACCUGAUAAUCCAAAUUGAGCAGCAGCAAAUGGAGUGUCCUCUUAGCUUGACACAAUAGAAAACAACAACCUCUUUGAUUUGCUUCAAAUUCUCUGUCUUUCUUUUUAAUCACUUUUAAAACUGUGAGACACAGCAUUUUGUUGUGCCACAUCCUUGAACUAUCCUUGAUGGUUUUAGCUUCUGCUUGUAUGUCUUGUGAGCCUGUUGCAGGGAAAAUACACUUUAAGUGAUAGAAAUCUUCCUCCUUCAGAAGCAGUUGAUUUCGCCUGUUUAACUGCGCUAAAUUGGUUUGCUGUCAAAAUUGAGUGGCAAACUGCUGGGGUUUUUUUUCUUUUCUGGUGCCCCAUGGAGGAUAGCACACAAAAAGGAAGUUUAGAGGGUGAAAAUGGCCUCAGCCCCAGGCAUUGCCCAGCCCUGCUUUAAGCUGUAUCUGAACUUGUUCAGAACUAUCACACUCAGUGGAAUUAGAGCUGUUUCUCACAUGAUUUCAACCCAUUUGUUAAUACACCAGGGGUUGUUAGCACAAAUAGGAGUAAGCAAACUGCUUCCUGUAUGUGUACCACUUCUGCUUUUCUCCACAGUCCAUGAUUGGCUUGUUUAUAGAUUGUGGUGCAUGAAGUUAGAAUGCAGUCUGCUGUGAUGUUUAUAGACUAAAAAGCCUAGUGAUUAAUCCAUGGCUUGUUGGAUUAACUGCUGAACCGUUUAGCCCCUGAACAGUCCAGCCAUCUGGACUGUUUAGACUUCAUACUCUGCAGCCUACAAAAGAGCUGAUUGUAUAGAGUGGAGUAAAAGUGGAAGAGACAGAUGUGCUGUAGGCAGCACACAUACUCUCUGCCACACAUGCCGAACAGCCUGUGGUUUAUUUAAUUCAUGGCUUGUUAUGGACAUACAGAAAAAUAGGGCCAGUUUGCACUUGGCUCAUCAUGGGUUAAAUAACACUUGCUGUAACCCAGGAUAAGCUGUGGUGGGUACAGUCACCAUUUUGAUUAAAAGCCCAUGAUUGGGGAUUGCACCAGGAUGUACAUUAUGGGCUAUUUGAUGGUUAAAAGAGUCCUUACAUAACCAUAUUACUGCCACAUGUGCAUAGUAAAUCAUUGGCUGGGUCUCUGCCAAGCAACCCAUGCUGAAGAAGAAGGAAGAUUGGUUGACCAAACCGACUUACGUGCUUGUUCAAUUCAUAAACUUUUAUAGCUUGGUUGCAUACAAAGGGGACACUUAAAGGACUGAAAACAUCCCAUCAACCCGAGUUCAAGUGAGUGUGUACGUGUCAAACACUUCUUUGGUAUCUGAUAAAAUAAUGUUCCCGUUUUGGUGACCUCAUCCAAGGAAAUUACAAGCAUGACCAACCUUCCAGUUGUAUCAGGCCCUUCCAUUUCUGGAUUGCCCUUCUGCAUUGCUCCUGAACAGCCAUGCUGAUGCUACAAUUCAAGUGGAUAUACAGGAAGACCUGUAUUGAUCCCAAGAGCCAAUUAAGGUGGAUCCACCAGCCCAGGACAUGCGGCGGGUUACUCUAUAACAGGAGUUGGCUUUGGUUCUUGCCCCCUGCCCUUGCAAAAAGAUGGACAGGUGCUGGCAUUUCUCAGUUUGUAUGUGCUUCGAGUCCAAUGCAGUUUAAUGUAGUUGGACUGCAGCACAUGCACCUGAAUCAGUGCAGCUGGCCAGUGUAGGUAUCAAGUAUGCUUGGCUGUUCAUCUUUGUCUUGUUUGUCAAAGAGAUCUUGGGGUGGUUGAUCUCUGAUGGGGACUGAACUCUAACCACGCUAUGGGCAGCUGCUCUGGAAGAAUGUGGAAGAGCUUUUUAGCUUGCAAGUUAACCAGCAGCUUUCAUGUAGUCAUUACCCAGCCAGAGUUUUCAUACCGUUGGGGGAAACUUUUCUAAAAUGGAAGAGCAUACAGCUUUCUAGCUGAAGCUUAUCUUGUGGACAGAUGCCAAGCAGAGGCUUUCAGCCACAAUCUACUUACGUUCCUUCACAGAAGCCCUUCCAAACAAAUAGGAAACUAUACAGCAAAGGUCCAAUACUGCAGUGAGACUUGAGUGCAACCCCAGGGGAAUUGUGUUUAUAAUGUGCCUACAGACCUGCACAGGCUUGCAUUUGCAGCGGUGGCUGGAAAGCCUGAUUGUUGACUAACGACUGCAAAAUGGCAGGAGCGAUCCACAGUUUGCACUUAGAAUUUCCCUCCUCACCUCCCACUUCUGCCCCAGGCAACUGGGGCUCCCGGCACAGAUCUUUGCAUUGUAGGAAAAGGUGACUGGAGGGAGGGGGAUCUAGGGGGAAAGUGCAAAGGGGGAUGGGGUCACACACACCUUUGCAGUUUCUCCACUGCAAAUUAUGCCCCUCUGCUGUAAUUUUGCCGCUUUUUGGCCAUAACUAGGGUUCUCAGGCUGGUGUUUGUUUCAAAGCAUUUCCAGCUUUGUGGUCCCAUCCGUAUGCAUCAGUGACCAACUUACUAGCUGCAGUGGGGAUCUCCUAACUCUUUCCCUCCUGCCUCUUCCCCUCUACCCCUAAUUUUUCAGAUACUGGUACUUCUCACAAAUAAGGACACUGAAAAUGCAUAUUGGCCUCUUUAGGAAUUUCCAGAUGUGCUAAAGUUGGAAUUGACAUUUUUAAAAGGAUGACUUAAUCCUCCCAAUUCUUUUCUUCCCUAACUUUGUAAACUGAUUUUAUUAUCCUCCAUUAUUUUAAAUCCUACAUCCGCAAGAAGUGGACUGACAUUUUUUUUUAUAAAACUUGAAGGAUUCACCCUAUUGUUCAUACAUUGACCUUUUAAUUUUUGUUUGACCUUUGCAAAUUAUGGGCACAAAGAAAGUUUUGUGUAGAAGGAAUUUUUUUGAUGAAUUUGGAAAAUAAAAUUUGUAUUCUCUUUA